GAGUCUCAACUAUAACUAAGUGAUAUUUUUAUUUUGAAUAGAAUUUCAUAGAAUAUACCUGUAGGUUUAUCGCAUCACAUCGAAAUGUGUACCUGGAAAGUUGAGGGGUCGAGUUUGGACCAAGAGAAGCAAUAAAGUGUGCAUUUAAGACGUCAUCAGCCGAUGAGCAUAAACAACAUCAAUCAAUCAAUCGAUCGAUCAUCCACCACCGCCACAACAACAACUCGGCCACGCGAUCGUCAUCACCAUUCCAGAAAAUAAAACAGAAAAACCCUAAUCUUAGUGUCCGACAGUCAGAUUCGAUAUGGACAAUUCAGGCACCAUGCAGCCCACUCAGGACAAUGAAAGCAAUCCGAAUGAUCGGCCAGGGACUCCACCGCGCCCGCCUUAUUCCCCAGUAACUCCGGUCUUCGCUCAUCUUGCCCCAGUCCAUAACGCCUCCACGUCCAACGGCGCGCUAUCACAUCCCAUUGUCCCCCCGGCCUCGUCACCGUCGCCAACAAGUCGCGCUGGCGGCGCAACCGCCUCGCUUCCUACGACACCGGCCGUCUUCGCGCCGGAGCCUGUUGCCGUGCCGAUCUCGGAAAGCGAGAACCCCGAUGCGAUCGCGUUGCGGUCCACCAUCUCGAUUCUACAGCUUCAGAAGCAGCAAAGUCUGCGCGAUAUACGGACACUGGAGAGGCUGAAGCAAGCGGCGGCAGCCGAUCCCGAGGGGUUUGCGCGCGAACUGGCGGCGGGGAAUCUGACGGCGAAAGACCCGGGGGGUUUCGUGAAUUUCACGCAUGACGAGGAGGACGAGGGUGAUGAGAUAGGGGCUUCGAAGGAAGGAGGCGCGUCGGGUCUGGGGACCUUACCUACACCGCAGAAUGUAGUACGCAUGCCACCGAUCAACUGGAACAAGUACCAGAUCGUGGGCGAGCCGCUGGACAGGAUGCAUGAGGACCAACGACGACGUCCGUCUUCCGGGGAGCCUAGACGCGAGGAACCUGCACAACGGGCGCCGGAGCAUGUUCUCGCGUCACCAUAUCGACCGCUAGUAGAUAAACUAGAAAGCCCGGACAAAGUAAAAGGAGCCAACAGGAACAAGAAAGCAUAAAUAUUGAAGAAGAGAAUUCUGCGAUUGGUGAAGCUAGACUAUAUGGUACAGUCUCAUUUGGAACGGUUUCACUCUGAGCAAUAACAACGGUAGCGUUCAUUCAUCAUGUCUCGUUUACAGGGGAGAAAGACAAGCAAGAAGACAAUGAUGUAUGCCUGCCGGUCUGUUACAUGUCGCGCUGCGAAUGCCAAACUAAGUUAGGGGACUCUCGGUCUAGCCGGGUCAAAGAAAGCAAUGCCAGCAUACCACAGCCGGCCGUGAAGAAUAAAUGGAGGAGAGGUCUACGAUAGAGUCUUUCUAAAGUCCUCGAUGUCGGCGAUGGUC